AAGAAGAACAACCCGGAAGUUUGCUGCACACAGUCCUGCUGACGGCUCUUUCAAUUCAGAGCAUCUCUCAAAACAACCCCUUCUUUCAUUCGUAUUUAAUGUAAACUGUUAGCACUUUUAUGUGGUGGUUAAUAUGUGUAACCGCGGCUAGCUGCGUGGUAACCGGCGGGCAGACGGAGUGAUGGAGACAGCGCAGUUUGGUUCAUUUUAUCCGCGGAGAGUCCAGUGAUCACCAUGAUCCCCGUGCCUCUGCUGGUGUUUGUGAUGGCAGGAUGGUGUGCUGUCUACCUCGCCGACACACUGUUGAAGUCAUCAGUGACACAUCGGAUCAGCUACGAGUCAUGGCUGGCCAGUCGAGGCCUGAUGUUGUCUCCUUUUCACCUGAGAUGGCAGACCACCAUGUUCAACCGACUCUUUGCAUACUGCGCCCGCAUCAACCCCCGAGCCCAGUACAUGUGGUUCAACAGCGGUUUGGUGUUCGGUAUCGUAGCGAUGGUGGGAUCUGUGGUGCUGCUGAUAAAGACGCUGCAGCAGACGCUGGCUCAGAUGACCACAGACAACCCUCGGAUGGGAGGUCAGCAGGCCCUGCAGGUGGUGGUCCCUGGUGUCAAUCUGCCCACCAGUCAGCUGGCCUACUUCUUCAUCGCACUGCUGCUCAGCGGAGUUAUACAUGAGCUGGGCCACGCUGUGGCAGCACUGAGGGAGCAGGUGCGAGUAAACGGCUUCGGCAUGUUUGUGUUUGUGGUGUACCCCGGAGCGUUCGUGGACCUGUUCACCACACACCUCAACAUCAUUUCACCCACUCAGCAGCUCCGCAUCUUCUGUGCCGGAGUUUGGCACAACUUUGUCCUGUGUGUGGCAGCUCUAGCCUUCCUCUUUCUGCUGCCCGUCCUUCUGUUUCCCGUGUACUCCACCGGCGGCGGGGCGCUGGUCACCGAGGUCGUCCAGGGCUCCGCGGCUGAAGGUCCCCGGGGUCUGUCCGUCGGGGACAUCGUGACGGGGCUGGAGGACUGUCCGGUCGGGGGGGUUGAGGACUGGGCCAGCUGCCUGUCCCGCCUCUCUCACGCGCAGCAGACUGGAUACUGUGUCCCCCGCGCCAGCCUGCAGCCCAGCUGGGCCCACGGACGAGCUUUCAAGCGUUUGGAUGGAACGAUGGACUGCUGCAGCAACAACAGCCUGACAGACCUCUGCUUCUCUUACAUGAAGCCACAGGGCAAGAACAGCAGAGAGAGAGAGUACGCCUGCAUGCCGGUGCGUAAGAUGGUGACGGGGACGCGAGUGUGUCGCACCGACGAGGACUGCGCCGCACACUUCCACACCCCCAGCGUUUGCGUCACUCCGUCUCUGGAGAACCAGACUCGUUUCAUCCGUGUCACACACCCGCCCAACACACACAUGCUGUUUGUGGGGUAUCCGCCGCACCUCCAGUACUCUGUGAGUCUGACCAACUUCGUCCCCCGUUUUGGUUUCCUCCACCUGGAUCUUCCCGUCUUUUUGGAGACCUUCUGCAAAUAUGUGGUGUCCCUCUCCGGUGCAUUAGCGGUAGUUAACUCCGUGCCGUGCUUCGCCCUCGACGGCCAGUGGAUGCUGAACGCCCUGCUGGAGGCCACGCUGGUUACUGUGGUAACGGACCGCCAAAAGCGCGAGCUGAUUGGCUUCUUCCUGCUGCUGGCUGGCAGCGCCCUGCUGGCAGCCAACGUGGCACUGGGCCUGUGGAUGGUCACGGCGCGGUAGCCACAGCGGUGAGCUGCUCUGGCGAGACAAAAACUAAACGAUUAAAUCCCCAUGUGGACUGAGAGCUUCUCUCUCAGGAAGAGUUUGACACGUGUGGACCAUUAAACUGUGAACAUACAGGGAACAGACUGCGUUAUCUGGCAGUGCUGCCCGGUUUCAGGAGACUGUUGAGCAGAACGUUAGUCUGCCUUUAAGGCUUUACCAACCUUCUUCCACCUUGUUGCCGCCAUAUACUUUAAAAGCACAUAUACAAAUAAAUAAUGCACUUGCCGUCAAGCACUGUCCUACGUGACUGUUUACAAAGACUGCACAAUCUUUCCAAAUGUUAAUAUCUGUGACGUGUUUGAAAGAAAACUGUCUUUGUGUUUGAUUCCAAAAUGCCAUAUUCUCCUGUUGACACUGUUUGUCUCGGCCUCAAAGUGCUCGAGAGAGUUGCCCGUGGAAGUUAAGCUGUUCUUAGUGGAGAAGCAAAGUUUUAAAAGCCUUACAUUAAUUGGUGAAUACAUUAAAAUUUCUUCUACAUAUCACCAAUAUGUACUGCCUAAUAUUCAUGUGACAGUAUAUCAAAGGAACUGACUAAUCAUAAGGAUGUACAUUAAUUAGUUAAUCAAUGAAGAUGACGCCUACAUUUUAUCACAUCUGACAAAUAUUUUAAGGCAGGUAUUCCAUUUGCUUCGUUAAGUGUCUUUCUCUUCUCUUCUCGGGCAUUUUAGUGGGAAAACAAAUUUGUCAACGAACCUUUUCCCACUUUUUCCUCAAGGUGUAAGUAUCAUUUUUACGCUCUUGGCCGCUCACUGUCUAUGAUGUGGAAGUUGGUUUGUCAAACUUGUGGAAUAAAAGACUUUCUUUAUUUAA